CACCAACAACCAACUCGCCAGUUGGCCGACUCGCACAGGACACGUCGCAGCCGCGAAAGCACAACAAAAUAAAGAGGCCGAUUAAGUGUCAAAAGGGAUGGCGAAAUGAGCAGAGGGCAAUUGCAGGGCCGUUCCGGGCAGUGAUCCGGCUGAAUGGGAGAAAAGUCGUCCGAGCACCUGCUCAGGGUCGACUCGGCCCUCGCCGAUCAGGACGUGCUGUGGUCCAGGUCAGAGCGUCGGCGAUGGCUGCUGACAAUGAGUCUGGGCACGUGCGCCCUGUACGCGAGCAGGUUGUCCGUGCCACUUGUGAUGCCCGCCAUGGCCAACGAGCAACAAUGGACCAAGACCGAGACCGGCGUCGUCCUUUCCUGCUUCUUCUGGGGCUACACGCUCACCCAGGUGAUCGCAGGGUACAUGAGCGACCGUUUUGGAGGGGAAAGGGUUAUCAUUUUAGCAGGUUUGAUGUGGUCGUUGGCCACACUGGCCAUACCGCCAGUGGUCAGGUGUUACAGCCACCCUGUUUCCUGGAGUCUCAUUCUACUCAGGGUCAUGCACGGCGCCGCUCAGGGUUUUCACUUUCCGAGCCUGUCUAGUCUGUCCAGCAGACGGCUAAGCGUGCUUGAGCGCGGACCUUUCUUUAGCAUCGCCACCUGCGGCAGCGCUUUCGGGGCCAUUCUGGCCGCCACCGCCGGUUCGGUGCUCCUCACCUUUUUCGGCUGGCCCGAAGUUUUCAGAUUAAUCGGGGUGUGCGGACUGGCGUGGGUUUUGCAGCUCCGCUCGACCAUCAAGUGCACGCAGCGGCAGAGAACCUUUAUCCUGCUGCCGCCCAAACCCUCGCCCAAGGACGAAGAAAGAUCUGUCGGAGAAUUGCCCAUCGACGAGUGGCACGUCAUUCUUGCCAGCUCCCCUUUCUGGGCCGCAGCGAUUGCUCACGCAUGUCAAAAUAACGCCUUCUACAUCAUGUUUUCGUGGUCACCCAUGUACUUCCACGAAAAUUUCCCAAACGGAAAGGACUGGAUUUUUAACAUUGUUCCGUGGGUCUUUUUAAUUCCUGCCACCUUCCUGGGCCGCGAACUGUCUGAUCGGCUGCUAAUGCGAGGAUUUUCGGUCACCAACACGCGCAAAAUCGUCGAAGGCACCUGUCUCGGCGUCCAAGCCUUUGGACUCUUGAUCAUGCGUACUUUCAAUUUAAGUGAAAAAAAAAAUGAUUUUUCAAUUUGUUCAUCUUCAGCCUUCAUGAAGAAUUUUUGGAUGGCGGUGUUUUGCUCAACUUGCGUAAUCGCGAGCUCAGGACUGCACAACAACGCGGUCAUGGUGAAUCCGCAAGACCUGGCGCCGAACCUGGCCGGCUCGGUUUUUGGCCUCAUGAACACCGUCGGCGCAAUUCCAGGUUUCGUGGGAGUUUACUUUGCAGGCUACAUUCUGGAGGUGACUGAUAGCUGGGCGCAAGUUUUUAUCACCACCGCCCUGAUAAACUUGGCCGGCUGCGCUCUUUAUUUGCUCUACGGCAGCGGCGAGCGAGUGGUUUGAAUGCGGAAAAAAUGAGUAUUUUUCGAGCAAACGUGGCUUAACUAACAUAAUUGUUUAUUUAUUGUUGUAUUUUUGUGAUAUUGAUUUUGAGUGCAAGGCUGCGUAAGAUUUUUUUACUAUAAAUAUAAAUAAAUCAACUAAAAAAACAGAAAUAUGAAUAUUUUUAUGCAUAAGUGCAUAAUUACUAUGAAGGCAUCGGUUUUCCCAGGUUUUAAAGCUUUAAAAACAUAUUACCUUAAGUUUUUCCCCAAGAAACUCUGACGCGUUUUCAUAAAGAUAUCUUACGAGUUUUAUCUAAUCUGUUCCUUAUUUGGGGAUUUCUCAAGGAAUUCUAGCGGGAUUUAUUAUGACGCUGGCACGAGUCUUACGACCCUUUUUUGUGCAAACACGACUGCAGCCAGGGAUCUGAUUAUGAGCAAUAAAUAAAAAGAACGAAAUAAUUUCGUACUUGUUUUCUGCUGAAUAUGGCGAUUGCUAUAUUUUUAAUUGAAUUACAUUGCGUUGUAAAUGCCAGACUGUUUGAGAGUUUAACAGAUCUCUGAGGAAUUCAAAUCCUUAGUUUCCCUUUAAAGGCUGUCAGCAAAGUUAGCAAGUCAAGAUGACAAAAGAUGCGGUUAUUUAGAUAUUAUGUGGAACAAAACGUACCAAUUUUAAUGAAGAAAAAGAAGUUCUUAAUGCAACUUUUCUGCACUCAGUCAGAGCUCACAAUUUUGAGUUACGGUCGCAAAAAUAGGACUAUUUCAUUUAUUUAAAUUAUAUGUGAGAAUGCGUUGAUUUUAAAAGCUUUCUUCUAAAUGUCUAGUGAAUAUUUUUGUUGCCCAUGCACAGACAGUAUGAGUUAGCAUCUCUUUAUAUGUUAUAACAGCAGCUUUUACGAGAAAAGAUUGAAUUGAAAUGUAGGUAAACAAAAUAAUCUCGAUAUUUUUGUUUCCUCUUUC